UCUCUCUCAUCUCAUCUCGUCUUCUUCCUUCCCAAACUUCUUCUUUUUAAAAAAUAAAAAUAAAAUAAAAAAUAAAAAAAAUUAUUUAAUCGUAUCACCGACUCAUUCGAUCCCUUCUUCAUUCUUCUUCAUCAUCAUCCCAGCACUUGGAUCUCUCCUUGCGAGAUCCGUCUCCCAUGGGGGUGGAUCUCUCCUGCUCUUAAGCCUCUCUGUUUUGCGGAUCGAUUUCUCGUUGGAUUGAGAGAAAUCGGAGGGUGAUCUUGACCAUGAUGGUGGAUACGGGAGCUUCGGCGGAGCCUGGAGCUGUUGUUAAUGUCUCGUCGGAGAGGGAGCAUGUGGGUGAUGGUGGAUAUGCCAGUGGAGGAUGGAAAAGUGAGGAUGGAAAAUUAAGCUAUGGAUUCUCAAGUUUUAGGGGAAAGAGAGCAAGCAUGGAGGACUUCUUUGAUGUAAAAUCAACAAUAAUUGAUGGGAAUUCUGUCAGUUUGUUCGGGAUAUUUGAUGGUCAUGGUGGUUCUCGUGCUGCCGAGUAUUUGAAGGAGCACUUAUUUGAAAACCUCACAAAGCAUCCCCUGUUCUUGACUGAUACAAAACUAGCUAUCAGUGAAACUUAUCAAAAAACUGAUGCUGACUUCUUGGAAGCAGAACGCUAUACCUUCAGGGAUGACGGCUCUACUGCAUCAACUGCUGUUUUAGUGGGGAGUCAUUUGUAUGUAGCAAAUGUUGGGGAUUCGCGUGCUGUAGUUUCAGUGGCUGGCAAAGCCAUCGCUCUCUCAGAUGAUCACAAGCCAAACAGAAGUGAUGAGAGAAAGAGAAUCGAAAAUGCUGGUGGAGUUGUACUGUGGGCUGGUACGUGGAGGGUAGGUGGUGUCUUGGCAAUGUCACGUGCAUUUGGUAAUCGCCUAUUGAAACAGUAUGUUGUGGCAGAGCCCGAGAUUCAGGAGCAAGAGGUUAAUGAAGAACUUGAGUUUUUGGUGUUGGCUAGCGACGGAUUGUGGGAUGUUGUACCAAAUGAGGAUGCCAUCUCCCUCGCAAGACUUGAAGAAGAGCCAGAGGCUGCCGCCCGGAAGCUUACAGAGACUGCAUACUCCCGUGGAAGCGCAGACAAUAUCACAUGCAUCGUGGUGAGAUUUCACCAUGAAAAGAUGGAUGUAGAUUCUACUCCUGCUGAUGAUCAAAAUUAAUCUUUCAUAAAACCUGCUUUCUUUUUCUUUGCAUGGCUGAACUGGAUGUGUUUCUUCAAUGUUACUAAGCCAAACAUUAGUUCCCAUCUUCUUUGGUUUGUUUGUUUGAACAGAGAGCAGCAGCAGCAGCAGCAGUUCAUGUAAUGUCAAUAUAUAUUUAUUAAUUUAUUUA